AUGCGAGAAAACGAAACUUUGAGAGAGUUCGUGAAACGCUUCGGACAAGCCGUCCUACAAGUCGAAUUGUACAGCAUGGACGCAAUCCUCCAAUUUUUUAAGCGGAGCAUAUGCUCAGGGACCUUUUUCUUCGAGUCCCUCGCUAAAAUACCUCCCACAACCAUGGACGAAUUAUUCCGGCGUGCGAGUAAAUACUCCAUGAUAGAGGAUGACAUCCGUGCCGCUACACAGUUGGUCCUGGUAACUGGCCAGGCUGCUAAAAGUGAAGCCACCAAAAGCUUCAAAGCACCCAACCAUCCUGGGUCGUCCAACAGGGGGCAAGAUGAGCGGCGCCCACCACCCAUUCGAACACCUCUCACCAAGUCAUACGAAAAACUGCUUCCUAUAAUCCGCAAUCUGCUUGGAUUCAGAUGGCCAGUACCAAUAAGAUCGAACCCCUCAGAAAGGGACCGCUACAAAAGAUGUGAUUACCAUAAAGAUCAUGGGCACACGACUGAAACGUGCAUAAGCCUCCGUUACAUGGUAGAGGAUCUCCUAAAGGCAGGACACUUGAAGCAGUACAUCCGAACAGUGCCUAAAGGUGAAGAAUCUUCCCAUAGUCGAGGCCCACGCAUCCCAGCAGCUCCAGUUAGAGCAAUGAUCAACUAUAUAUACGGAGGACCCUUGGAUGACGAGUACAAUUCCAAAAGGAAAAAGCAAAGACUGCUGCGAGCAGCUACGAUUCGGGAACACGUAAGCUCCAUCCUCCCCGGAUUAGCCAAUAGGAGCAUCCAUCCCAUAGAUGGGACCAUUGUCUUCCCCGCUCUAGAUCCAUCCCGAGUGCUGCAGCCACACCGAGAUGCUCUCAUCCUAACAAUAGGGGUGGGAGACUACGACGUAAAAAGAAUCUUGAUCGACCCAGGUAGUUCCGCGGACCUGUUGCAGGUGGCGGUCAUCAAACGAAUGGGUUUCGAACCCUCCAGCUUGGAAAAUCCUAGAAGAACCUUGUCCGGAUUCAAUGGUUCAUCCACAACCUCACUUGGGGAUAUAAUACUGCCGGUUCAUGCCGGGCCAGUCAUCCUAAAUGUUCUGUUUUCUAUGGUUGAGGAUUUAUCCCCUUUUAAUGCCAUCUUGGGACGCACAUGGUUGCACGGAUUGAAGGCCAUCCCGUUUACAUCGCUCGCGAGGCCGGACCCAGUGCCGACCGCGAGCAUUCCUCCAAAGAAGCAAAUGCUUCUGACCAAUAGUAGUUACAGCAUCCGGGAGACAAAGAUCCCCCGGCAGUAG